CCGCACACAUCGCACACAUCGCUUAAUUAACAGUAUUUCAGUUACAUCACGUCGACCGACCGUUUGUGGCCGUACUCGAUGUAGUUAAUAGACGUUUGCAACUUUGGUGAAACCCACGUGCUCAGGUAUGGUGCUGACAACCCUAGAAACAAUCAGGGCGAAUCUGUGAUCCGAACUAACGACAUCAGGCAUGGUCUUAGGGAAGCAACUCUGCACAGUCUAUUACGCGCCUUACACAACUGAGCUCCCAGUGGGGAACUAAGCCAAACUGAAUGGAAUCAAAUAUUCUUUACAUUAAUUUUGACUCAUGUGAAUCAUGCAUAGAAAAUGUAGGAUGAUCAUAUAGGAAUCGAAUAAGUCAAUUCUUUCAAAUAGUUCAAUAAAUUACAGAUACACUGAUAAACAAUAAAUAGACGACAAAAACAAACAUCAGGAAAACGAAGCACUGUUGUGGAGUAUACACUGGACGCGUCCCUGCAUAUCAGUCGCGAUCAAUGUUUUACCUGCAGUGACUAGACUGGUUACCAGUAUGUGCGCAUCAGACAACGCAUAUCAGCUGACCGACCCGCCCCUCGACACUCCAGGACAAAGUCGACAUGGCUUCAGGCAGACUGGAAGAAUGAGAGGUUAAAACUACUGACAAUUAAAGAUGGCGAUGCACAAGACAUUGACAGACAAUUUCCUGACUUGCAGCAUCUGCAUGGAAGUCUUUGAUGACCCCUGUACACUUGUGUGUUAUCACACAUUUUGUCGGAAAUGUGUCGUUAGCUACACUGAAACCAGACCAGAAGCCAUCAGUGCCAAGUCUCUCCUCUGUCCAUUCUGUCGUAAGAUGACCAAAGUAGCCAACUCAAACAGGCCAGUUGAAGAGUGGACACAGGAGGUGAAACCCAGCUUCUUGAUUCGGGGUCUCAUGGAUUCCUUCGCUCCCUGCAGUCAAGGAACAAAUAACUGCAACUUAUGUGAUGAGGACGGGGAGACAACUCCAGCCAAUGCUUGGUGCGUCGAAUGCAAUGUCUCACUCUGUGAUGGAUGCCUGAAGGCACAUAGACGUAUCCCUGCCACUCGUCACCAUGACGUAUCUGACUUGUCAAGGGAUGUCAAGGUGAAGAAAAGACGCAAACCUAUGUGUAAAGAACAUCCAGAUCAGAGGAUGCAGUUCUACUGCAAGGACUGUAAGAAACUACAAUGUCAAUCUUGUUGCAUCUUGUAUCACAGAAAAUGUGAGUCCAUUGUCUCGCUUGAGUCUGUGUUGCCUGAAAUGCAAAACACUCUUCAAUCUGUAAAACAGAAACUAGAGUCUGAUUUAGCAACAUCAAACACUCGCCUUGCAAAGAAGGGAGCACAAUGUACUGAAAUUAAUAAGAACAAGUCAAGCCUUCAGUCUCAGGUCCGAUCAGCAACCCACACCGCCAUUGACUUGAUAAAGAAGAAGGAAAGACAACUCCUGGAACAAAUAGAUGACGUCACAGAGAAACAAAUAGGACAGCUGAAAGGAGACAUGAAUCGUGAGGAGAUGGCCAGGCAGAUGAUUCGUCAACACUCGGAGUUGCUGGGCAGAGCUCUGGAGUCUGAGAGUGACAUGGACAUCUGUGAGAUGUAUCUGUGGAGUGAGUCGGAGGAGGCAGCCACUGUGUGUGUCCCGGAGUCAGGUAUGGAGGAUGUAUCUGGAGGCAAGGCUUGUUUCAUACACGAUCGUCAUCUGAUGUGUGAGGAACUAAACGAUCUACACUUGGGUGUGAUUGAUAUCAUUGUUGAAGAUGUUUUUGAUUCUACAUCUACAGCAGUUCUGUAUGACACAGUGGACAUACAGGCAGAAGAUGAUAAGAAGAAACCCAAUGGUUAUGACGUGGCAGUGUUUGUUGUCGACAACACAGACAUCAUGGUUGUCACAGAUUAUGACAACAGGUGUGUGAAAUCCUUCUACAAAAGAAACAAGAUGUCAUGUCAGAGUAAGCUGGGGGUACAAAGCGGUCCUCGAUGUAUUGCAAAAUUAAACAACAAUAAAAUGGCUGUGACUCUCCCUGACACUAAGAAAAUAAUAAUAGUAGAAGUGAAGCCUGAGCUGGUUCUUCAAUCAUCCAUCUCGACAAGGAAGUGGUAUGUGGGUCUGACAUCCCUGACACCGACAACCCUGGCAGCAGGAUCCGGGGAUCCUCCCUAUGUGGACAUCCUGGACAUGGCGGGGAAUGUGUUGAGGACCCUGGAUCCUGUCACAGAUGGAGAGAGACUUGUAUCAUGUCCUUGGUACCUCAGUACCACCAGGCAGGGUAACAUCCUCGUGUCUUGCUGUGUAUACGGAGCUCGCAAUGUCCUCUGUCUGACUUCUCAUGGAGAUGUUGUGUUCAGGUAUCAGCCUAAACAGAAGAGGCAUUACGCUCAUGGAAUCACUGAAACCAACGCAGGACAUAUCCUGGUUAUAAUUUACAAUGCGAAAUGUGUGAUUCAACUCAGCGCUUCUGGGACGUUUGUGAGGAAAGUGUUGACGUCACGUGAUGGUAUUACAUCUCCGCAUAAUCUCUACCUGUCUGAAAGUCAGCACCUGUAUGUCAUCGAUGGUGACUGUGUGAAGAUCUACAGAUUUACAAUGGCGAUGCACAAGACAUUGACAGACAAUUUUCUGACUUACAGCAUCUGCAUGGACGUCUUUGAUGACCCCUGUACACUUGUGUGUUAUCACACAUUUUGUCGGAAAUGUGUCGUUAGCUACACUGAAACCAGACCAGAAGCCAUCAGUGCCAAGUCUCUCCUCUGUCCAUUCUGUCGUAAGAUGACCAAAGUAGCCGACUCAAACAGGCCAGUUGAAGAGUGGGCACAGGAGGACGGGGAGACAACUCCAGCCAAUGCUUGGUGCGUCGAAUGUAAUGUCUCACUCUGUGAUGGAUGCCUGAAGGCACAUAGACGUAUCCCUGCCACCCGUCACCAUGACGUAUGUGAUUUGUCAAGGGAUGUCAAGGUGAAGAAAAGACGCAAACCUAUGUGUAAAGAACAUCCAGAUCAGAGGAUGCAGUUCUACUGCAAGGACUGUAAGAAACUACAAUGUCAAUCGUGUUGCAUCUUGUAUCACAGAAAAUGUGAGUCCAUUGUCUCGCUUGAGUCUGUGUUGCCUGAAAUGCAAAACACUCUUCAAUCUGUAAAACAGAAACUAGAGUCUGAUUUAGCAACAUCAAACACUCGCCUUGCAAAGAAGGGAGCACAAUGUACUGAAAUUAAUAAGAACAAGUCAAGCCUUCAGUCUCAGGUCCGAUCAGCAACCCACAUCGCCAUUGACUUGAUAAAGAAGAAGGAAAGACAACUCCUGGAACAAAUAGAUGACGUCACAGAGAAACAAAUAGGACAGCUGAUAGGGGACAUGAAGCGUGAGGAGAUGGCUAGGCAGAUGAUUCGUCAACACUCGGAGUUCCUGGGCAGAGCUCUGAAGUCUGAGAGUGACGUGGACAUCUGUGAGAUGUAUCUGUGGAGUGAGUCGGAGGAGGCAGCCACUGUGUGUGUCCCGGAGUCAGGUAUGGAUGAUGUAUCUGGGGGCAAGGCUUGUUUCAUACACGAUCGUCAUCUGAUGUGUGGGAAACUAAACGAUCUACACUUGGGUGUGAUUGAUAUCAUUGUUGAUGUUUUUGAUUCUCCAUCAACAGCAGUUCUGUAUGACACAGUGGACAUACAGGCAGAAGAUGAUGAGAAGAAACCCAAUGCUCUUGACGUGGCAGUGUUUGUUGUCGACAACACAGACACCACAGUUGUCACAGAUCAUGGCAACAAGUGUGUGAAAUCCUUCUACAAAAGAAACAAGAUGUCAUGUCAGAGUAAGCUGGGGGUACAAAGCGCUCCUCGAUGUAUUGCAAAAUUAAACAACAAUAAAAUGGCUGUGACUCUCCCUGACACUAAGAAAAUAAUAAUAGUAGAAGUGAAGCCUGAGCUGGUUCUUCAAUCAUCCAUCUCUACAAGGCAGACGUAUGAGGGUCUGACAUCCCUGACACCGACAACCCUGGCAGCAGGAUCCGUGUUUCGUCCCUGUGUGGACAUCCUGGACAUGGCGGGGAAUGUGUUGAGGACCCUGGAUCCUGUCACAGAUGGAGAGAGACUUGUAUUAGCUCCUUGCUUCCUCAGUACCACCAGGCAGGGUAACAUCCUCGUGUCUUGCCUUGGAUACGCUCACAGGGUCCUCUGUCUGACUCCUCAUGGAGAUGUUGUGUUCAGGUAUCAUCCUACACAGCAGAGUCCUUCCGCUCGUGGAAUCACUAAAACCAACACAGGACAUAUCCUGGUUAUAGAUCUCCUUGCAAAUUGUGUGAUUCAACUCAGCGCUUCUGGGACGUAUGUGAGGAAAGUGUUGACGUCACGUGAUGGUAUUACAUCUCCGUAUGGUGUCUGCCUGUCUGAAAGUCAGCACCUGUAUGUCACCACUGGUCACUGUGUGAAGAUCUACAGAUUUACAAGAAACACCUAAGAUGUGGACGCAUAACGAUUGUUCCUGAUAGAAUCCGUCACCAUCUGAGUGACCAUAGUUUAUGUAAAUAUGAAUUUCCAAUACAAGAGAACAAUCAGUCUAGACUGUCCGCCGAAACAGAUUAAAAUUUGACGUAAAGUGCAAAUUAGUUAUGAAAUUUAUAUGGAUGGACAACUGAUAUUGGGUGAUGACACCAGGUGUUCGCGAAAAGGGUAAGCAUGUCCGGCCCUAUCGGUAGAACUCGCCAAUCACACAAUUUUCAUGACAAAGGAAGUAUUUGUCCCUGACGCGGCACAGCUGUACUCGUAUCGUGAGACGGCGGCCUGUAAACAAACCAGACAAUCAAGUGAUCGUUGAACCAGAAUAUCCAGUGACGCGUUAGUGCAUUAACUGAUUGUGUUGAAACUAAUCAAACCGAUACGUUAAUUUUACCCUUCGAAUUAAGUGCACCGAUUCUGCUUCUUAAAAGAAAGAAGAACGUUUAAGAACUAUUAUGCGGGGCAGUGGUUGGGGGCUGCGCAGUUACCACACCAGGUGUUCGCGUUUUCUAUAAAUACUGCGAUC